UUAGGUAAAGGUGUCUGAAGAAAUUGCUUUAUUAGAGCAUUAUGGCGACAGGCAAACUUACCCCACUGUUUUCCGCCCAUUGCCAUUUGCCAAUGCGUAACACUCCGCAACCCGGAGAUGCCAUUUGUGUUUCACUCUGUGGCCUAAAAGAAGCACCCACCUCAGCCCAGAUCCUCCCCAAUUCCCUUUCACUGGAACAUGUUUCUAUCACUUCAUCCUGUUCUAAUUACAGAAAGAAAAGCAGUAAAUGAAAUCUUAGUCAUCCCAUAGCCCCAACAAUCUUGAUCCUUGAAUGGUUAGAUCCCAAUUCUCAAAUUUCCCAGAUUAUCUAUAGCGGACCGCUUCCAGAUCGGACAAAGUCCACGAUUUCGUCUAUGUGUUACACGUAUCCCACACAGCCUCCAUUUGUCCAAUCCCAUCCCCUCAGAGGAGGCCACCUGUCCGUCACCAUAUAUCCAGUUUCAACUACCAAAAAUAUACUACUAAACCUCUUAAAACUAAGCAUCUGAAUAUUCUAAACUGAAGUUUUGAGGUCUGACAGCCACGAAACAAGUCUACGUUACUUUCCAAUCUUCGAAGAAAACAGAAAAAACAAACCAGGGACAAGAAGAAGAACUCAGCUGUCUGUCAGCGCAGCGGGAGGGAGGAGAAGCAGAAGCCAGAAAGAUGAAGGCAGAGACUUUGACUCUGGUCCUGGUAAACUUGGCUGGGAUCAUGGAGAGAGCAGAUGAGUCAUUGUUACCAGGCGUUUACAAGGAAGUUGGUGCGGCCCUUCACACGGACCCAACCGGACUCGGGUCUCUGACCUUGUUCAGGUCUAUUGUUCAAUCCUCUUGUUAUCCAAUAGCUGCAUACCUGGCUGUGCGUCACAACCGAGCUCAUGUGAUAGCUCUAGGUGCGUUUUUAUGGGCUGCUGCUACCUUUCUUGUAGCCUUCUCCUCCACUUUCUUUCAGGUGGCCAUAUCUAGAGCUUUAAAUGGAAUUGGCCUUGCUAUAGUUGGACCUGCAAUCCAGUCCCUUGUUGCUGACUCUACAGAUGACAAUAACCGUGGUAUGGCUUUUGGUUGGUUACAACUCACAAGUAAUCUUGGAUCAGUUAUUGGUGGAUUUCUUGCAGUACUAAUAGCUCCGAUAACAUUGAUUGGUAUCCCUGGUUGGAGAAUUGCCUUCCAUCUAGUUGGACUAAUCAGCAUUAUGGUUGGUAUUUUGGUCUACCUCUUUGCCAAUGAUCCACACUGUUCAGAUAGUGGUAGAAAAUCUAGCCACCAAAUUUCAAAUAGAUCCUUAUGGUCUGAGGUGAAGAGCCUAGUUCAGGAAGCCAAAACAGUUAUAAAGAUUCCAUCAUUCCAAAUUAUUGUGGCUCAGGGUGUUACUGGUUCGUUCCCCUGGUCUGCAUUGUCAUUUGCACCUAUGUGGUUGGAGUUAAUUGGAUUCUCCCACAAGAAAACUGCAUUCUUAAUAGCCCUGUUUGUCAUUGCUACUUCUGUGGGCGGCCUAUUUGGGGGUAGAAUGGGAGAUUUCCUUUCCACACGUCUUCCAAAUUCCGGAAGGAUCAUUCUAGCUCAGAUAAGCUCAGCAUCAGCCAUCCCUCUAGCAGCAAUACUCUUACUUGUUCUACCUGAUGAUCCGUCCACAGGUGUGAUGCAUGGUUUGGUCUUAAUUAUUGUAGGGUUCUGCAUUUCCUGGAAUGCACCAGCUACGAACAAUCCCAUAUUUGCGGAAAUAGUUCCAGAGAAAUCUCGAACAAGUGUCUAUGCUUUGGACCGAUCUUUUGAAUCCAUCUUGUCAUCAUUUGCUCCCCCUGUGGUUGGGAUUCUGGCUCAGCAUGUUUAUGGUUACAAACCUAUUCCGAAAGGAUCAAGCGAAUCUGAAGAGAUAGCAACAGAUAGAGAGAAUGCUGCAUCAUCAGCAAUAGGAAUUCCAAUGGCUCUCUGUUGUUUCAUCUAUUCUUUCCUGUACUGCACAUACCCAAGGGACAGAGAGCAAGCUCAGAUGGAAGCACUAAUAGAAUCAGAGAUGCGAGAGCUAUUGUCAGAUAAUAUGCCUGAAGGUGGUGAGUCUCCUCAAGCUCAGUCAUCUGAAUUAGAAGAACCAUCUGUUAAGGAUAGAAGCAUUAUUGAAGUGGAAUAUGAAGGUGAGGAUGACUUUGAUCCUGAUGAAAAUGAUGAGAAGACUUCCCUUUACCGACAAUUGACAUUCUCUAAUUUAGGUGUAUAGUUCAGAAUGGUUACAGUGAUAAGAAGACAUUGGUUUCACGCAGUUAACAUUCUGAACAAGUUGAAGCUAACUUUAGUAUUGCUGCGAGGCUGCUUUACAUCAAGAUAGCCGUGAUGUGAGAGGAUUUGUCCAAUUUUUCGAUGACCAUGGUGUAGAUGGGAGCAUGUCCAAAUGAGAAGUCCUGCGCUUGUGACUGACCUGCUCUGGUCUUCCUCAGCCGGACAUACUCUUAAAAUGGAAAUGUAACUGACACUUACAAAUUCAAAGGUCUAAUCAUUGAAGCUAGGAUAUGUUAUACUCGAGUCUUGUGAUCAGUAUAUAUGCCAAUACAAAAAUUGAACAAUUGUUGGAAAUUAGAGUGGAUGAUACAUAGCAGAGGUUGUGCCAGCAGUUCCUUGUCUGGCUGAUCACAAGAUUA